UGUUAAUGUUUUCCACGCAGACAGUCGACUGAGCCGCUCAACGAAACAGGGGGUCACGUUGGGCAGCUGGUCAAUAUUUGAAAAGAAAAGGGAAUUUCAGUAGCUAAAUGUCAUACGCGGAAUAUUUCGUGACUAGUGCCUCUACAAUUGGUCGAUAAUGCGGCCUCUGCGUAAAGAGACACAACACACUAGAAAAGAAACAAGACUAACAGUCGUCUCUUAAUGUGGGACGCCCUAUGUGUUCGAACGAAGCAGACCACGCUGUUCGGUCGCAUCUUACAGUUUCCGUCACUGUUGCAGUUCUUAUCGCCACCUCGUUGAUUAUUUAGCUGGCCGUUGUUGGCGAAACACCACUCUCCCUUCAUCUCGGCCAUUUCGGAAAACAUGGCCGAUUACUCAGUGAAACUUUUUUGAGGACAGAAAGAAGCCUGUGUACCCUUUGUGUGUGUGUGUGUGUGUGUUUGCUCAUUCCAAAGUUGGAGUUUGAGUGCCGUUGGACUCUUCCCCCCUAAGUUUGACAAGUUCGUUGACCUACGUGCUGUAUAUGUGGCGUUUGUCUUUCACUCUCUCUUUACCGUUGCAGCUCAUGAACCGACGUACUUAAAAUAAAAUUUCGAGUGAAAACUGUGAAAUCGAAAGAGUGCAACAGCGUGUGUGUGUACGUCCUCAGUUUCGGGGUCCAGCCGAAACGGCUCAGGGUUUGACCUCAAUUUCGGCGUUCUUUCUGAGUUGGCUUUGCUGCUGGCACAGAAUAUCCUUUAAAAAAAAAACCAGUCGAGCCGGCUUUUAUAGUUGUUCAGCCAUUUCAACUCGGGGGAAAUAUAAAAAGACCUGGUGUCAAGUUGGUUCGUGCUCUCGAACGAUGGAGAACGGCAAUGGAGUAGACAGCUGUGACAAAGCUGAAGUGAAUCUGGAUAAAAAGCCUGAAACUGCUGCUGCUGUUGUUAUCAUGGCAUUGGAAGAUGAAAAGUUGCCACCGUCGGGUUUAGCUACAGACGAUGGCGUGUCGGAAGACAAACUUAAAACGUGUAAUACCGUUGACAACAACAAAGAUUCGCCAAGUCAAAAUGCUGAAGUGCCAGAAACCAUAAAAGCAGAAGAAAAUGUAGAAUCGAAAGAAAAGUCUAGUGAAGAAACAGCCAAAGAAGAAGAAGUUAAAGAAAACGGAGAGGUUGUAGUAGACAUUGUUCCGACAAUUAAGGUGGAGCCUGAGCAAGUUGAAACGGUAGAAGAAAAACCGUUAUCACCGCCCCCGGAGAAGAUGGAUGAUGCGGAGGCGUCUGCUGAAGUGAAAAAGGCCAAGGAGGCGUCGGUGGAUGAGGCCAAAGAAUCUACGAUGGAUGAAGUUGAGGAAGACGAAGAAGAAAUUUCAGGAGACAAUGACAAGAUAAACUCCAACGCCGAAAUGGAAAUGGAGGAUCAACAGUCGUCGACUUCAUCCUCUCCAUCGGCCUUGCACAUCCAUUUGGAUGAGGAGGACAAGGACGAGUCCUUGAAUGACAAGGACAAGGAAACUGCAGACCCUUCACUACCUCUGAUUAGCAAUGUGGUCAGUCUGUCGUCGAUCGCGUCAUCGUCGUCAUCGCUGACGCCUCCACCGCCUACGCGUUCCGUCCAGUCACCGUCUACUCAACCUCCUUCGCCCACGCCUUCGGCCGAAUCUGGAAACAGCAGCGUCCGUCGUACCACACUCCGUUUUAAACGAGGCAUCGAAAUUAGUUUCGACGUAGAUCAAAACGGCCAGCCGGUUAGCGUCAAUAAUCACGAAGCCAAUAAUCCCAUGCCAUCGGCUUCGUCAGGAGAACCCCGACAGAAACGUGGGCGCAUGGAGGAAGAGGACGAGGAGGAUGCCAGUCAGCCGGAUAUAUCAGAACUGGAUGCCGAAGGGACGAGUAAUGUUCUGUCGUCUGUCCAAAAAGAUAUCCGCACUCUGCGUUUCAUGGCCAAACAAAAAGAAAAAGAAUGGAACUACAUUCUAAAGUUGAUGAAGGUUAAGGAGGAAUUGCAAGCCAAAUUGAUGCGACGAAGGGAAGUGUUGAAGAUUACCUCAUCCAGCAUCCGUAAAAAUGUACCCAACUCCAACCAAACUCACACUGUGGCUCAGGCCCAUGUUCAACACCAUCAACAACAACAACAGUCGGGUGCAUCCAACCUACAAAGUUUCAUUAAUCAUUCACUGAACACCAUGAUGGGCAAAUCAUCCGGCUUGUCAAAAAGCAUCAUGUCCAACAGCCCCGUAAUGAAUCAUCAGCAGUCGCAACAACUUAUCCAACAACAGCAACAGUUGCAGCACCAGCAUCAACUUCAACAACAUCAGCUACAUCAACAUCAGCUCCAGCAGCAAGCCAAAAUGAACCGCCAACGACCAAUUCUACCCAAACCUAGCCUGCAAAUCCAUCCGGAAGUUCAGAUGUGGACCCAGCAACAGCAGCAGCAACAACAACAACACAACCAACACAACCAUCACCAUCACCACCAUCAUCAUAGCAACAAUAACAACAAUAGCUCGAAUAACCAUCACCACCACAACACUGUAGUGGAUUCAGUCGUUGGAGCCUGUGCGGAUUCACAGGCGGAUGCCCGGAAUCGUCAAGGCACUAUUAGCGUUCAGUCGCUAAUUGCCGACUAUCGAGCCAAACAUCCCGAAGAAAUACCGACACGUGGAAGACGAAUCCGACAGCCAUCUAGGAUUUGCAAUGAUCCCAAUUCGUCCAGCAGUCCACCUCCAAAUUCCCAACCUGGUGGGCAGGAAGGAGCCAAUAUGAGCUUCAAGGACGUACUGCUCCAGUUCGCCAAAAUGAGCAGCCGUCAAGGCCACCCGAAUCCGGUGGAUAUGAUCCAAGUGGGAAAGGAGUCGCCGGGGACUUCUGGGAAUAGCGCCAUGGCGGGAAGCAGCAGCAGCGGCGGUGGUGGUGGUGGUGGUGGUAGUAGCAGUGCGGCGGCUCUUCAGAGUCUGGCCGCUGCCCGUAAUGCACGCAGCAGCCCACACACGGCCGGUUUAUCGGCUGGUUCUAUUCUACAGAGCGCUCUCAGCGGUGGACGAACUAACCCUAAUUUCGCUCCUACUUUGGCCCAACUGCUUACCAACCCGGCCAAUGAGCAGCAGCAGCAGCAACAGCAGCAGCAACAACAACAACAACAUCCACAUCAGUCACCUUUGAGUAGCAGCCAUCAGCCAGCAAUUUCUAUUCCAGUCGCAACAGCCUCAUCAUCCUCAUCUUCAGCGGCCGUUGCGGCUGCGGCGGCGGCCGCAGCCGCAGCUUCUGCAGCCUCUUCUGCCGAAGUUUUAACUCUCUCCAACCUCUUAGCUACAGCCAGGGGUCACGUAACUAUCACGUCUGAACGGGCUGAGCUCGCCAACGACGACGUCACUGUAGUGGUAAAAUUUCAAACUAGAAACUUGAUCUCGUCUAACGCUAACCCUCGCUUUUUUCCUUUUUCUUUUGUAUUGAUUUUUCGCUUGGCCAUAUUAGGGCGGAUCAACUUCCGGCGGCCGGAACGUGUCGUCCAACAACGGCAACUACUUGCGAACCAGUGGUGGGAGCGAAGUGCCAAAGUGUCAAGGCUGCAACGAACGGGUGGCGCAAUUUGUGUGUGCCGGAUGUUCCAGCCAAUGGUAUUGCAGUCGAGAAUGUCAGGUGGCCGCCUGGGAGGAACAUUCUGAGCAUUGCGUUGGUUGAAAAUUGAAAAUCCAGCAAAAUAAAAAUGCAGCAAAGUAUAAAGAAAAAAGAAAAUUGAAUUCCAUCCACGCCAGGGUGAGGACUGAGAGGAAGAAAAGAAAAGGACGAAAAAAGAAAAUUAUAUUUUUUGAAUGAAAUGGAAAAAAUUAAGAAUCGAGAGUGUGUUAGUGCAAACGCUGUUGAGUCGACCAUCUUCAGUUUACAGGUUGUUUUUUUUUUGUUCAGAUGAAAACGAAUGGUAUCUACAUAUCCACUUCUUUUUAAUAACAAGUAUCGAUUGGUAUGCUAAAUUGUGUUGCGUAAAUUACGUCAAGCGUAAUGUUCAGUUUUCUGUGUUCUGCCAUUUGUUUUUUCUGUUGAAAAGAAUGACGGUGGUUUUGUUGGAAUUAUAAGGAGAAAGAGGUAGGAGAGAAAGA